UCAUCGAUCAAUAUUUGUAUUAAGUCUAUAUAUAUUUUUCCUUCCACAUAUAUUAUACAUAUACUUGUAAGAAUCAUAGGUUUCAUCAAAAUAAUUAAACACCUAACUUUUGUUAAGAAAACAAUGGAGUUGAUCAAUAUUAAUAAUCAAGAAAUUACCGAUGAUCGAAACCCUAUUUCGGUGCUCGAAGGCGACGAAUUUUGCAUCGGCAGAAUUCUCGCAAGAGAAUCUUCGGUCGGCCAAUCGUCGCGCGUGUUCUAUCGCACUUCGGAAGGUGUUCCUUUCAAAUGGGAAAUGCAGCCAGGCACUCCAAAGAAUAUUAUUUCACAUCAGCAAGAAGAAGUAGACGACGACGACGACAACAUAUUACCAAUUUGCCCUUCUCCGUUGAUGCAGAGCUUGCGCCUCCCUCUCCCUAAUGUGACGUUUCAUCACGAUCACGAAACCAAAGAAUAUUCCGCCUUGAAAAAGUCGAAAAUUUGGAGUUUGAGAAAAAUAGGCAAGAAAGUGGAGACACUGAUUGGAAGUAGUAGUAGUAGUAAUAAUAAUAAUAAUAAUAAACCUCCACUAGAGAGCUCGAGAUUCGGAGAAUAUUCUUCGAGCUUUUGUUCAGAUUCUUCUUCCUCCUCUUCUCCUUCUUCGUCUUUUUCGUCGAAUAGUCGUGUGGUGGAUACUUCUGCGGUUGAUGAUGGCCCGUUUUGUUGCGGCCCGUUGAAUGUCGUACUGGAUGAAGGAAAGAAAGGGGUAUAUUAUUGCAGCAAACACAAGAAAGCAUUUGCUAUAGAAGAUAACGAAUUAAUUACUCCGGCGGCGGCCGGAGUUCCAUUCCGAUGGGAAGUGCAGCCCGGAACACCGAAAACCCUGCCGGAAAAUGACAUCAUCCCGCCUCCCAGCCCUCCACCGGCGGUGCAAAGAGAGGAGGCUGAGGAGCACUCCACGUGGGCAUCUAGGGUGGCUUGUUUUACUAUACGGCGAAAGAACAAAGAGAAGGCAAAAACAGGGGAGUUAUUUGAAUUUGAUGCUUCUUUUCGAGAAUCGAGUUCCGUUUCUUCUCGUUUUUCGAAAGUGGAUUUGAGAGUGUCGAAAAUUCGAAGGAAUUUUGAGGGUGGUUGUUUUAGCUGCGGUGGCCAUUGGAGGAGAAAAGACAUUGUUGUUUUUGCUAGGAUGAAAUUAAAUUCAUACAUUUCUUAG